AGAGAAACUCUCUCUCUUCACCAUUUUCCAGUUGUCCUUUCCAGCAGCAAAAUCUCACCACGCCCAUAAAUCAUUCACACAAAACCGCCGACCCAUUCCAACGAGAAACUUGUUACCUCUCCUCUAUUUUACCAUUUCGCCCUCUACUUCUCCUUCUAAUUACUCUCAUUGCCACUCUCCUCCUCUUCCUCCUACUCUCUCUCUCUGUUCACUGUAAGUCUGUGAUCUCCACCUCUCAGGCUCUCACCUUCUCUCUCUCUCUCUCUCUCUCUCUCUCGAGUUUCUCUUUCUAAACGGUCUUUAAACUUGGUUUCGCAACAAUGGUAGUUCUCUUCUGAGCUCGCUUCGGCUUUUGUGAGCUCUCUCUCUCUCUCUCUCUCUCUCUCUCGGUUGGUUUUGGCUCUGUAAAGAGAAGCGAACGUUAAAUGCCGCCAUUGGAGCUGGAUUUUGGAUCUAACUUUUCACUAGUUUUAUCUCUGGAAGGGAGCUUGUAGAUGUUAAAUUAGCAUUAUUAUGCUUUCUGGUGUUUCGAGGGAGUUGAGAGAGGGCGAGGGAGGUUGGAGGUUCAGAUUCGUGGAAAUGAAUCGUAGUUUUAGGGCUCAGGACUCGCAAAUGCAAAUGGCAGCGGCUGUGGUGAAGCAGAGACAACAGUUAAGGGCGUCAAUGAUGAAGGAGAAGGAUGAAGAGCUGGCGUUGUUUCUGGAAAUGAAGAAGUGUGAGAAGGAGCAAAAUAAUCUCCUCCUAAAUAACACUGAAGAGUUUGAUGCACCUUUAGUGUCGAAACCUGGUACUUCUCCUAUAUUUAAUAUCUCAUCUACCGCAACGCCCGCGCGGAAAGCCAGUGGUGCUGAUGAUUUUCUCAAUUCUGAUAGUGAUAAAAAUGACUACGAAUGGCUUCUAACACCUCCUGGUACCCCUUUGUUUCCUUCUUUGGAGAUGGAAUCACAAAAGACUGUUAUGAGUCAGAUUGGUACUCCAAAGGCUCGUCCCACUGCCCUUAAAUCUAGACUAGCAAACCCUCAGAUGGAUCCUGCUACAAGGGGCAACUUAGUAUCUAAACAAUCAGCUUCCUCCCCUGGGUUGAACUCUUAUGGUGCAGGGAUGCGCAGGCCUUCAUCAUCAGGUGGUCCAGGAUCACGAUCUACAACACCAAAUGGGCGCCCUACAUUGACCAUAUCAUCUAACCCUUCUAGAUCUUCAACACCUACUUCUCGGGCCAAUUUGCAUUCAUCUAAGUCAGUAGUUUCUGCAACUAAGUCAGCAGUUUCUGCAACUAAGCCAACUGUCUCUGUUAAGCCCACUGUUUCUGCAACAAAGCCUACUGUUCCUACUAGAUCUUCAACACCAUCAAGAUCCACUGCAAGGUCAUCAACACCAACUACGAGGCCUUCAAUUCCUCCACCUAAAUCCACAUCGAGGGCAUCAACCCCAACCCGACGGCUAUCCACUCCAUCAAGUGCACCGACUAUGUCUGCUCCUGUUAAGUUGACUUCAGUUACCAAGACAAUGCCUGCAACUGCUACUGUAUCUGGUCCUCCUGUUAAGUCAAUUCCUUCAGUUACCAAGACAACACCCACAAUGGCAAGAAAUCCAGUGCCAUCACGCGGCACUUCUCCAACUGUAAAAUCUAGACCAUGGAAACCCUCAGAGAUGCCUGGUUUCUCACUUGAUACUCCACCAAAUUUGAGAACAUCACUACCUGAGCGGCCGCUUUCAGCCACUAGGGGUAGGCCUGGAGCACCCAGUUCUAGAUCUUCCUCUAUUGAACCUACUCCUAAUGGGAGAGCAAGACGGCAAUCAUGCUCUCCUGCAAGAGGACGAGCCCCCAAUGGCUUUAUGCACACAAGUGGCAGCUCUGUUCCUGCAAUUAGUCGUGGGCAUUCCAAAGUUAAUGACAAUGUGAGCCCUGUCAUAAUUGGAACCAAAAUGGUUGAAAGAGUGAUAAAUAUGCGAAAAUUGGCUCCUCCUAAGCAAGAUGAUAAACUUUCUCCUCAUGGAAACUUGUCUGGGAAGUCAUCAUCACCUGACAGCUCAGGCUUUGGAAGAACGCUUUCAAAGAAAUCAUUGGAUAUGGCUAUAAGACACAUGGACAUAAGGCGAAGCAUUCCUGGUAAUAAUAGACGGCCUCUGAUGACCAACAUUCCAGCAUCUUCAAUGUAUAGUGUGAGAUCAGGUUCUACACGAAGUAGAACAGUUAGCGUGUUAGACUCUCCUCUGGCAACAAGCAGUAAUGCUAGUUCAGAAGUGAGUGUCAACAAUAAUGGUUUUUGUUUAGAUGGGAUUGAAUUAGAAGAUGAUGUCAGUGAGAGAGGUGGCCGAUCUCCUCUGCGAGGCAGGUGAUAGUUGGAAACAUAUAUCUGUGAUGUAUCACCUCUUAUUAUUAUUAUGGGUUUUCAACCAGCUUGACAGCUGAAAGAGAAACCUAUUUCUGGAAAGAGAAGAAAACCGACCAAAAUGCAUGCGUUUGGUAAUGUAAAGUUUGUUAGAUUGCUUGGCGAUUAAUUUUUCUGUAAUCCAUGGUCUUUUUAUUGUUAGGGAAACCAGUUAUAAGUCCUACGGUUCUUCUUACUCAUUUUCUACAAGGUGAGGUAUUUAAGUCCUGCCAUUAUUCUUGCUGAUUUUCUUCGAGGUGAGGUAUUCUGCUCUCAAGUUGAGUAGUAAAAUCCCGUUAUUGAACCCCAGAUAUCAAUUCACCUCUCUCAUCUUUGUUCUUCACUUCA